AUGCACUCGAUCAUGCGACACCCUCUUCAACCCUCUGUGCCACCCGUUUCAAGCCAAUCUGACAUUGGACUGAAUCCGCGUAGUGCUCAUGGCUCCCCGCAGCGUCGCCAGCUUAUCUGCUUCGCUCGCCACCUCGCUGUCUCCGCAUACGCGCUUCUCGUUCCCCUCAUAUCAUCCCAUUUCCUCUUUUCUCCUCCCCUCUCGUCUCGCGUCUCUACUCCUUCUCCCCCUCCUUUUCCUGCUCGUCCUUUCCGCAAUCCCUUCCCCCAGCGACUCCGUCCCCCUCUCUCGCGCCAAUCCAUCCGCGCGCCGUCCGCAACCACACUCUCCUCCGCCCCCCUCCUCUUUCCCGCUCCCCGCCUCCCGCCUUUUGUCCCGCGUAGGCUCACAGGCACAGGAAUCAAGAGGCGAAAAAUCUUCGCAAGAGCAAUCGGUUGAGAAACCGCAACGAGCGGGAUCGGUAGAUGCGCCGUCAUGGGACGCCCUGUCGUCGCUGCGCACCGCGAGCGACGCCGACUACCGCGCGCUGGUCGCGCCGCUGGCGGAGAUGGCGGCGAACGCGUACCGGUGGUCGUUCGCACCGAUUAAGGAAGUGGCGGGGUGGCGGCUGUCGGACAGAGUGCCGCCCGUUGCUCCCAUCGACGGCGGCAUGCACGCGCUCGUGUUCCAGGAGGGCGUGCCGUCCAACGAGCCAGACUGUGAGUC